CGACCCUCGGCGGACGCCGUACUGAAGAGAGAGAAAGAGAACGACGCGAUGUUCGCAGAGCUGAACGAGCUGCUCGGAGCCUCCGUCGAGAAGCCGGAGCAGGGCAAGCUGACCUUGCUGUGCGCUGACAAAACAGAUGCCAGCUUCCUGCUUCACCAUUUUCUUUCCUUUUACUUGAAAGCUGGCUGUAAAGUCUGUUUCGUGGCCCUUCUGCAGUCCUUCAGCCACUACAACAUCGUGGCCCAAAAGCUGGGAGUCAGCUUGGCUGCGGCCAAAGAACGAGGCCAGCUUGUGUUCUUGGAAGGGCUGAAAUCCUCAAACGACAUACUGUUUGGGGAGCAGCAGCAGCAGCAAGAACAGGCGGGUGAAGCCAGCCCCUUCCAGUUCCUCAGUGGUGAUGGCUCAAACCUGAAAGCCCUUUAUGAGUUUGUCCGGAGAGCCCUGAGCCCUGCCGCUGGCGGAGACUCGUGGAGGUGCCCUGUGCUGCUCGUGGACAACCUUGGCAUCUUGCUGGGCCUGGGUGUGAGACUGACGGACAUUCUCGACUUCAUCCAUUACUGCAGAGUCACGGUGAACGCUCAGCUUAAGGGGAACUUAAUUGUGAUGCUGCACAGCAGCUCCGACUCGGAGGACGAGGAGAAUGAGCUGCUUGUGAAGGCUGUCCAUCACCAGAGCAAUCGGAUCCUAUUGGCAGAAGGACUGGUGACUGGCUACUGCAAGGAUGUUCACGGGCAGUUAUCAAUCAUCCAGCGGAGCUCGUGGGAGAGGAAAGCGGAGCGGGACCUCCAGCGCAUUUACCAGUACAAGAUCCAGGACAGAAACGUCGUGUUUUUUGCUCGCGGGAUGUCGGCGGCUGUGCUGUGACUUUCUGAGGGUGAGGUGCAGGGGCAGUGGAGAGUUGAGUGGCUCCUUCCUCGGGAAGAUCUCAAGGCAUCGAGAGAGGGACAGAUGGAUUCUCCCAUGCAGAGGUGGCUUCUGCAGUGAUGGUUCAGUCACUAUGGCGUCCUGUUGGGGUUUGAUCCGCGGCAGAACAGGGCACUGGCUUCCCACCACCACUGCAGUCCUCUGUCUGAUCUUGAAUUUGUUCUGAGCUGCUCUGUGGACAAUGUCGAAAACAAGGAAAAUACUGCAACCAGCUCUGCAGCAGUUUGGGGCCUCUCACUAAAAAGAACUGGUGCUCCAGCCAGCCUUGGUGUUGCGCCAGGUGGUCCCGGUUGGUUCGCCGGCUCUCGGGUCGGUGUCGAAAGAGAGCAAGGCAUGUCAGGAGGCAGAGGCCACUGAAAAUGCUCUGUGCUCAGUUGCGUACAGGUGCUGUGCCCAUCUUCGCAGGCUGUCAGGUCGCCCAAGAUACCAACACAACCCAGCCUUCAAGUAUGCUACGGAUAUGACUUGUGUGCAGAUGAGAUAACUCAGGGAAGUGAGCCAAGCCGCACAGUCUGAUUAAAGGGGCACCAGAGUAACCCUUGUAGUUAAGGCAGGGAGCUCAAAGUUACUUUCUGCAGGGAUCACGAUCAAUUUCCCCAUGAGCAACUUGGUCAUGCGACCAAGUCACCGUAACCUGACCUGUACUUGAUUUCACAUCAGAAGUCAGGGAAAACAGAAGUUUGGGGGGAAACAGCCUUGCGGGCCGCAUUAGGAGCCUUGCAGGGGCCCAAUGUGAGCCCCAGGCUGGCGGUUCCCAACCCCGGGCUUGAGAAAGACAGGACCAGGACAACAAGGGACACCUCUGCUCAUCCCAGGCACUCCAUUCUCCUCGUCUGGAUUUGGGCCUGAAAGCAUGGGGAAUCUCUGACAUAGCCCAACACCAUUUCUGAUUGCGGGAUGGGUCUGUUAAGGCCUCCACCUUAAACCCAGCGGAAUCGUGAGACAGCCUUAACUCCGGCCUUAAACCAGCAGGGUUUUUGACAACCGAAUAAACACGCAGUUCAAGACCA